AUGGUUGGUUUAUCUACUCUUGGGGUCUUCGUGCGCGAUGCUCUAAUCUGGAGCUGUCUCUCGUCCACCUUGAUCUCACCCGCGACGGCGGCGACGCCAUCUCCCCCAGCCCUCUCGUUCCUCUACACGGCAUACGCCCAAUGCGCCGGUAACCUGAUGGAAACCGACGGGCCCCGUGGCAUUCGCAAGGCAAUCCCCAUCGUCGGGGGGAACUUCACCGGCCCCCGUCUAUCAGGUAAAAUCCUCGACGUAGGUGCCGACUGGGGCCUGGUUGAUCCCAAGACCAAUAUCUUCUCCGCGGACACGCGGUAUAACCUGCGCACCGACGACGGCGAGAAUAUCUUUGUCCAGACCUCGGGUCCAACGGCGCCACAAGGAGGAUUGCAUCUGCGAUUGGUCUUUGAGACGGGGAGUAGGAAGUAUUACUGGCUGAACAAUAUUAUCGAUGGCGAGCGACUGGAACUCUACAACUUUCGUUGA